GCAACCGCGAACGCAAUGCCACCGAUACCGGCACCAAGCAUACCUGCACCAGAGUUCUGAGUAGCGGAAGCAGUCCCAGAUGCCGCGGCAGCAGCAGAAGAAGUACCACUCGUUCUCGCCCUACCACUCGAGACGGCAGAUCCCGACGUCGCACUCGCCACGGCACUCACAACAACACUGGAAGCACUCGGCGCCGCGGUCGCCACAACUGUCGCACUCGACACCGCUCCCGUACUCGAACUUCCGUCAACAGGCAACACAACAUUGUCUGUAUUGUCGUACUUGUUGUAAUCAGGACAAGCCAUGAAACAGUUGUAUGUGGCAUU